UCUAUACGAGUUUGUGGUGAUGCCCUUUGGACUAUGCAAUGCACCUGGUACGUUCCAGCACACGAUGAACAAGAUUUUUCAUGACUACUUAGACAAGUUUAUCGUCGUGUACCUCGACGAUAUUCUCAUCUUUAGUAGGACUGUAGAGGAGGACGCUGAGCACUUGAAACUAGUGCUAGGUCUCCUAAGACAGCACCAGUACAAGGUUAACUUGGAGAAAUGCGAGUUUGGUCGCACCAAGAUCUUGUACUUGGGUCAUGAAAUCUCAGCAGAUGGACUGAGGCCAGAUGAUGCCAAGGUGGCCAGCAUACGUGACUGGCCCAGACCUCAGACUGUUACUGAGGUCAAAUCGUUUUUGGGGAUGACGGGCUACUAUCGUCCGUUUGUGAAGAACUAUAGUACCACAACUUCCCCAUUGACGGAUCUAACUCGACUGGACACCCCUUGGGAGUGGACUGAAGAGUGUGAGGCAACCUUCAGGAAACUGAAGUAUGCCCUGACACACUAUGAGACGAAGUACUACGGCGGGAGUCGUGAAAAGAUGUUAGAGACCAUGCAAGGGAUCGGGGCGCAGGGGUGCGAGUUUCUCGUAGCAGGCCGCGUUGUUAGUGGUAAUUUCCAGGUUCUGUCGGGCAUUGAGCUUCCACCUGAGUUGGCUAGCAUCUUCAAGGCCAUUCCGGAGUCUGUAUUUCGAAAGGACAUAUCUUCAACAGAGAUUAGACAGCGAAUGAUGCAGUCCCAAGCCUCCUAGAGCAUUGGAGGGCAAUCACAGAUAUAACUCUUGUAGUUUAGCUGAUAGAUGACACAAGACGGGUUCACCACGUUGCUCUCUAAGUUCUCUAGUACUCUUUCUUUUCUUUUCUUUUUUCUUUUUUUCUUUUUUUUUGGGGUGGGGAGGUGGGGGAUGUAGCUUUUAUAUGCAAGUAUUCUGUCUUCAAAGAUAAGUCACUGCUCUACUAUCAGUACUCUGCUUUAGAUGGGGCGGUGAUAUAUGCAGGGUUGAUACAGAGACGAGGGGGGGGAGAGGAGGAUAGCCAGAGGGGAUGGAGAGAGGCUGUGGCAUCUCCUUGAUCCUUCUGGCUCAGGAAACAAGGAGGCAAAUCACGGUUGACCGGAUUGGCACUCAGGGCGAAUAGGGUCCACAAUUUCCGGCGGGGGGGGGGGGGGGGGUAGGGGGGGGUUGAUGAGUCUAGGACCGAUUCUUGGUUUGAGACCAAGACCGGUUCUUGGUCUGAGACCACACGCCAGAGGGGAUGGAGAGAGGCUGUGGCAUCUCCUUGAUCCUUCUGGCUCAGGAAACAAGGAGGCAAAUCACGGUUGACCGGGUUGGCACUCAGGGCGAAUAGGGUCCACAAUUUCCGGCGGGGUAGGGGGGGGUUGAUGAGUCUAGGACCGAUUCUUGGUUUGAGACCAGGACCGGUUCUUGGUCUGAGACCACGGGACCGAUUCUUGGUUUGAGACCACAGGACCGAUUCUGGGUUGAGACCAGGACCAAUUCUUGGUUUGAGAGAAGAGGGGGGGGGAGGAGGAUAGCCAGAGGGGAUGGAGAGAGGCUGUGGCAUCUCCUUGAUCCUUCUGGCGCAGGAAACAAGGAGGCAAAUCACGGUUGACCGGAUUGGCACUCAGGGUGAAUAGCGUCCACAAUUUCUGGCGAGGGGGGGGGGGGGGGGGGGGGGGGGGGGGUUGGGGGGGGGGUGAUGAGUCUAGGACCGAUUCUUGGUUUGAGACCAGGACCGGUUCUUGGUCUGAGACCACAGGACCGAUUCUUGGUUUGAGACCACAGGACCUAUUCUGGGUUGAGACCACAGGACCGAUUCUGGGUUGAGACCACAGGACCGAUUCUUUGUUUGAGAGCAGGACCGAUUCUUUGUUUGAGACCAGGACUGUUCCUUGUGAUUGACAAGGGGCCAGAAGAUUUUUGGUGUCAGCAGAUGUGUAGAAGGCAAGAGGAGCGGCUCCUCGUCGUGUCCAGGACUGUUGCUUGGUGUGAGAGCAGGGACGAACUGGCCGUCUUGUCCACGACCGCAUCUUGGUGUGCGAGCAGGAUGGACUCUUCAUAUUUUGCAGGACUGCUGCUUGGUGUGCGAGCAGGAGCGGUUCUUCGUCUUGUGCGGGACUGCUGCUGGGAGUGGACAAGGUUGCGCAGGGUUUCCGUGUCAUCGGGGCGUAGAGCGCUGCUCGAUCCUGAAACUUUGUUUCGAUGUUUGACUUGAUGAUAAUUACCAGUACUUAGUUCGAUGAUUCUUUCGACGCGAGGCCUUGUACAUCCUGGACUGGAAUCUGAACAGAAAACUUUUAGAGUCUAAAUUUGGAGUCUAAAGUGAAGUGCAAGGAGUCCUGGCACAUUGAAAUUGAUUGAAAUUGUGGGCCUGAAUUUUACUGCUUGCUGCCACUAAAUUAGCAGUUUAGGGUUUAAGUGUUUCUCUGGCUGGUAGUCUCCAUUUAUCGUGGAAAUUUUCGAAGAGACAUAUGUGUAGCUUUCCAAAUCGGGAAAGAGGGUGCUUCCACUGCAGCUUCCCAGAAAAGAGGAUCUUCGCAUUGCUAUCCAAAUUGGAAAGACGUGCCUUCACAUCUGGUUGGUCUUUUUUGUUACAUACACAUCAUACACAUCUGGUGAGCACAUGGUGUUGCUGGUGGUGGUCCCCAUCUCAUGCUAAUCGUUAACCCUCGGCCAUCGUUCCCAGCUUAUGGCUUUCACAAGG